AUGUAUUGUCAACAGCGAAUCUUUGCAUUUCUCCAUGCACUUCUCGGCGUGAUAUCCAAUGCCACCCAAGAGAAUCUCCCUCUAACCCCGCCUCAGAAGACAGAAGCCGACAAGCCUUUGGCUGGGUGCAGUAACAGCCUGGCAAGCAGCUCGAACUACGUUGUAGUCUCCGAAGCGCAUCAACCGGAGGGACCAGGGUGCACAAUCACCUUGGGCCACCCCUUGCAGUGGAGACCGGCUGCUUCGGUCGAGAAGGAUGUAGAGAACAUAUCACCGGUCGAGAAUGGGGCUGACCCGGUUGUGAAGCUCACUCUGACAAUAGCGAACAUAGAGGGAGAAUCAGUGAACUUGGAGAAAUGCCACAGCCUUCUUGAAGAACUGAUUCUCGAGGGACCACGCAAUCUAUUGCAGCAGCAGCCGCAAGCGCAGAACCGUCCACUGUCUGCUUCGCAAAGAGGAGACCAUUUAACACAAAUCAACUCCACGGCUGCGGGCCUCAGACCAAGACAUUCGCAUGAAGAAUCUCCAAAGGAAAUACCUAAGAAAAAGCCCUCUAACGAUCCACACUCCCUGGGAUACCAUGGGAUUCUGGAAUACCUGCUUGAGAAGGAGAAAGGGAAGAGGACCUGCAAAAGGACGAUUGAGUAUCUGAAUGUCGUCGCGAUGGCUCGCAUCAAUCACAGAGAGUCAUCUGUCCGUCGGAACCCUCACGGCCUUGACCCAAACUGUGAAGACAUAUACAAAUUACUGAGUCCCGAGAAAGAGCAAUGCAUGACGUGCCAUCCCGAGACAAAUGUCGUCUAUGUUAAUGAAAGCCGUCGACUGCAGAAGGCCAAGGAGCUCGACGUCUUCUACAAGAUAUGCGCAGUUCUAGGGGUGGCGGUCAUGGUCGCAACACUCCUCUACAUCUCACGCGAGAUUUAUAGACGGCUUCGGCUGCGAUACUCGCUGCUCCAAGGCUUGAGCGAUCGCAAUCAGCCUGCACGAGGCAUGGCCAUGAAGAAAUGUUGUUCCAUUCCAGCUGAUGGGAUGACAACCUUGAUGCCCGAGGCUUCGCGAGUUUGGGGAAAGCCGAGUCAAGCAUGCGAUGUGGUGGCUGAGGAUAUCAAUGUGCCCUCCAUUGCCGGUUCGGCCACCCAGCAGCGAUAUAGGCGGCUGCCGCCCUUUCAACGAAACACUCGCAGAAAGGCUCAGGACAUAUUCGAUCUUGGACCGUCUCAAGCGUGCACGUGUGGCCCCAGGUCAGAGGAGAGGAUCCCUGUACUUCCGCCGGCCCCUAACGCGAGUGUACGAAGCCAGACUGGCAUUUGGCAGGCUCAGAAAGGGCGUCGGAGUAUCGGAAACGUGGAGGCAGAGGGCAAUCCGCAUAGUAAAGCUGUUCUCUUUUAGAAUCAACGCUCUCAAGGACCAGAGAGUUCAAUACGAUGUCUCAUGUUCAGAGGUGUCCGAGCCGUUGGAGUCAUGGUAGUCUCAAGCUUUGGGGAUUUCCGACUGCAAUGUGACUAGCCAGACCGGCAAAAGGCAAGGCCUCGGUUAAUAUACGGAUAUUUGGACAGACCGGCCUCGA